AUGGAUGGCGUCAAUCUGUAUGACCCGCGACCUGCAAAGCGACAGAGGCUGGCCCCGCCUGAACCAGGCCCGUAUGUUCUCCGAGUGGUUCUCGAAGACAUUCCACUGGCGGCGGAUGAUGGUAAUGCAGAGGUAUCAAUUACAUGUGUAGAAUAUUGGAACAACAAUUUAUAUAUCGGAACCUCUGCGGCCGAAAUCCUACACCUUGUCUCGAUCCCUUCUGACCAGGAAGACGACAAUGCCCCUUCAACCUUCAUUCUAGCCUCGCGACUGCAGCCCAGUGGUCAUGCGGUAUCAGCCGAUUCUCCGAAUGCGCCAGGCAUACAGCAAAUCCUCGUCCUGCCCGGCCCUCUGAAAGCCUGUGUAUUAUGCAACGGCGUCGUCUCAUUCUACUCGCUUCCAGAAUUCAGCCCGGCAUUUCCCAACAGGGAACCCACUGGAGUGCAAUGGAUUGGUGGCAUCGAUGAAAAUGAAGACAAAGAGAACCCCGAAGGGCCUGUGGUGAUGAUCGCAAACUCCAAACGAAUCAUCUUGGUUCGAGUGGGCGAGAGGCUGAGGUCGCUCAGAAAUAACAUCGAAUACCCUGGAUGUUUGAGGUCGAGCAGAAGAGAGACAAUUGCAUGCGUGGCCGACGAUACGAGUUAUGCGCUCCUGGAGGUGGAACAUCAGCAAAAAAUUCCAUUGUUUCCCAUCUCGUCGCAGCCCACGGAAGACGAUGUUUCGGCUGAUAAUGGUGGGCGAUCGCCAGCUCGGUCACCUCCACCUGCAGAAGCAGCUGGUCAUGGUCGAAGCACGAGCAUGGGAAAUCUGAUCGGCUCUACAGAAGACAGAAAGGAUAGUCCUCAAGGCCGUCACCAGCAGUCGUAUCUAAUGCCUUCUGACACAGGAGCAGCCAGUCCAGGCCGUCCUACAACACCAUCUAUCAAUUUGCCAGCCCCUGGAAGUAGUGACGGAACUGGACGUCCGAGGGCUCGUCCCCGUGCGUCGACUGAUGCACUACCCACCAGGUCGUCAGCUAGCACCAAUGGCAAGCAUUCUGACAAGCGUCUCAGGCCACAUAUCCUCUCGCCUUUUCCAACAGAAUUUAUGCUUACAACCGGCACGACGGAAUCCGAGCCGGGUGUUGGUAUGUUCGUGAACCUGGACGGCGAUGUUGUCCGAGGGACCAUUGACUUUGAAUGUUAUCCUGAGGAUUUGAUCGCGGACAAUUUCGCUGUACCAGAAAAUGAAGGUGCCCCGCGCUCGGAAGAUGAAGGAAAAAUCAUCUUUGCCCUUCUGCGGAAGGUUCAGGAAGGCGUCACGAAGAGGAAACUGGAAAUCCAGCUAGUGGAGAAUGCUUCCGAGCUGGCUCAUCCUCGCACAUGUGUUGCACUGCCAUCAAGCGAAUUCGAAAAUGCUCACGCUGGCUUGCGCCACACGCUAAGUACACAUCAGCAUUUCUUCAAGGCCCCAGGAGAACUCCUGACACUUGUGCCACUUUCGAUCAGAUCAUUGAAUCAUCGAGAAAGCGCCCUCAACGAGAGUGAUCCAAGGACUCAGUCCGCCGUGGAGCAGGUGGAGCAAGAGCGUGCUCUAUUUGACAGUCAGUCCUUGAACACGCCUAUAGAGCUGUCGAGUGAGCUCAUGAAAAAGCGUGCUGCUGAGGAACAAAAACUUGCCGGCCGUUUCGGACGAGCUUUCACGAGAAACUUGGUUUGGCACGGGAAAGAGCUACUCAUGAUUUUACAGAAUCCCUUAAUCUCGCAGCUCGAGUGUCAACUAAUGCAGUAUAUGGUCGACGGCCAACCCGCCAAUGUAAGACCAGGGCAAAUCUUUGGGUUCUUGGCUAGCAUACACAAUCGCGAACCGAAGGACGAGACAGAGUUCCUUUCAUUGAACUAUAUCCGACAGAAGGCCAGUUUGAUACUGUUCUUGCAUCUGGAGACACAGCUUUCGGCUGCCUCAACCCUCGAAGACACGUUCCGAGCUGUUGAAAAUACACUCCAUGACGGAGGAUUAGAUCCCCGAAUCGUGCUGCUCCUGUCACCUCCACUCUCGUCGGAGGUCUUGUACGGACCAGAAGGUAUCUGGCUUCAUCAAGGCAUGGCAGACCUUCUGCAGGACCAUCAAUCACCGAUUUCUAACUUUGAUGAUGCUCCGACUGAAUUCUGGAUGAUGAUGAGACAUUUCUUGAUGCUAUGGCAAGAAAAGCGCGGCUACGGUAGUAUUACAGAUGACAAAUAUGUGUUUGAUUCUGUAGAUGCGGCGGUUCUUCAUGUCUUGCUUCAUUUGGACCAAGCAUUGCCAGCAGAAAGCCCUACCCAGAGAUCGGUGCGAGCCAAAUUGCACAAUGCCGUCGACUAUUGGAAGGGUGAUUUCGAGCGUGCGACCUUGCUUCUGGAACGGUACAAUCGACUUUACGUCUUGAGCCGGCUCUACCAGAGCAGGAAACAAGCUCAAGAUGUCCUUGCGACGUGGAAACGCAUCAUUGACGGAGAAAAGGAUGUGGAUUACGGCUCAAACAUUGGGUAUGUGGAGGUACAACUCCGCCGGUACUUGACAGUCAUUCGGGAUGUCGACCUCGUCCAAGACUAUACUCUAUGGCUUGCUCAACGAAAUCCAGACCUCGCCGUCCAAGUUUUCACGGAUGACGCUGCACGGAUAAAGUUCAGCCCUCAACAAGUGGUUCAACUUCUCAAAGAACAAGCGCCAGGGGCAGUCCAGCAAUACCUAGAAUAUCUUGUCUUUGGCAAGCAUCUUGGGCAGUACGCCGACGACCUGAUCGGCUACUAUCUCGACUCAGUCCUGACUGUCCUCGAGAAAUCUGAAUCUGCUCGUACGUCACUGGCAGAAAGCUAUUCGACCUACCGGGCUCUUGAAUCCCCCAAGCCGACCUAUCUCGAUUUCAUUCACCAAAACGCCCCCCCAGAGCCAUGGUGGCAAUCGCGCCUCCGUCUCCUUCAGCUUCUAGGGAGUGGCGCGUACGCAACCACCGGCAACAGCGCGUCUGGGAACGAUCUGACUUAUUCGGUCUCUAUGGUCCUUGAGCGCUUGGCACCCUUCUCCUCCUACCUUGUAUCCGAAUCUGUCAUCCUCGAUGCCCGCCAGGGCCGCCACAAAGAAGCCCUUCGCCUUUUAACCCACGGAUUGGGGGAUUACGAUACGGCCACACGAUACUGCUAUUUCGGUCGUCCCUCUCCACUCUCAUCAUCCUACCCAAUCGACCCCUCCACCUUGCCCUCCCGGACGACCCAGAUCGAGCUCUUCACCUUCCUCUUCCACGAAUUCCUCUCUAUCUCCGACAUCGAAGACCGUCUCGAACGCACAUCCUACCUGCUCGGAAAAUUCGCGACUUUCUUUGACCCUCUGCAAGUCUUGAGAGAUAUCCCAGAUGAUUGGACGGUGGAGAUGUUGAGCGAGUUCCUGGUGAGGAGUUUCCGUGCUGCUACGAGCGAGAGAAACCAGCUCGUGAUCAUGAAGGCGUUGAGUGCGGCGCAGAAUCUCAUAGGGCAGGUCGAGUUUGUGGAGCUUUGUGAGAAGAUUGGUGCGAGAGUUGAGAAAGGUGACGAAGCGGAUGGACGGGGUCAGGAAGGGUUUGGGGAGCCGCGGGAGAUAGAUGUUAGAGAAGGUUGA